UAAUCGGUUUUCCGAUAGGAAGGAAUAGAAGAAUGAGUUCGCAUUUUGUAUGGUGUAACACUCAUAAGAGAAGCGAAAAGGCGAUAGAUAAUUGGGGAGAGAGAGAGAGAGAGAAGGGAAACACAUCUUCAGUUGUGAAAAGAAGAAGAUGUUGAUGAUGAAGCACAAUGGUCGGCAACAAUAAAAAAGAGAGAGAGAGAGAGAAGUGAGAUAUUGAUUUAGUUUAGUGAGAAAAAGAAAGGUCGUUAUAAAUAAUAUAUUUUUGAUACAUUCAUUCAUUCACUGUUAACACUGCAACCAACACUCUUCUCUCUGCUGGACCCUCCAGAAACUGACCUUCUUCCCUUCUCUCUCUCACACAUUACUUUUUCUUAUGCUCUCCAUAAAACCCAAAUUACACAGUACUAGUAGUAGUAGCCACAAUUACAGCAUCCACAGCAGCACCAGAACCAUCAGAUUCAUUUCUCUCACUUUAUACCCCCCACCUUAUAAGAUCUACACCCCCCCUUCCCCCUUCUCAAUAGCACCCACAUUACAUACGCCUCUCAAUUCAUUCCUCUCUUCACUUCAUUCAUAACAAAAAUAUUUAUAUUUUCAUUAUUUAUUUUUUCUGUUAUUUUAUAUUUUCAAUAAAUUAAUUAUAAAAAAAAAAAGAAAUUAUUCGUUGUGGCUACUACAAGGAGACUGCCUUCAGAUUCAGGAGCCUUUGCUGACUGGGCAGCAACUUCAUCAUCCGCCGCUCGUACGACUGCUGCUCCAGAAGAACUCUCACUCGGUUUCAAUGCGGGUCCCACCGCCGGACCUUCCACCGGACCCACCACCGGAGUUUGGUCUAGGUCUUCCAUUAAUUACGGCGUUGCAACUCCUGAAAUGGGUAUGUUUGUCGUAGCACCUUCUUUCCACCACCACCAUGAAUCUCUUCUCUCCGAUCCUCAUUCUCUUAACCCCGCCACCGCUCUCGGCGUCGGAGUUAUCCCUUUACUCACUACUUCACCUUGUCAUCUCGAUAACGAAUCCAACAUGUUGAAUAACAGAAGACAACAACAAGGAAUUCAGUUUUGGCAUGAACAACAUCAUCAACAACAACAACAACAAGGUUCACAUCAUCACUAUUUGAAAAAACAAAGUUUUCUUGAUCAUAAUACAAGUCCAACGAAUUUAAUCCACGGUGGUGGUGGUUUAACUGGUUCAGGUACAAGUAGUGGUGGAGGAACAACAACGUGUCAAGAUUGUGGAAACCAAGCGAAGAAAGAUUGUACUAAUAGAAGAUGUAGAACUUGUUGUAAAAGUAGAGGUUUUGAUUGCCCUACUCAUGUCAAGAGUACUUGGGUACCUGCUGCUAGAAGAAGAGAACGUCUUGCCACGGCGGCCACCACCACGGUGGUUGCUGGUGGUUCUAGUGGUUCAACUUCCGGUGCUAAGAAACCUAGACUUAUUGCUUCACAACAAACUACAACUACUUCUCAUACUUCUACUUCUAAUACUACACCUCCUAGAAGCUUUGACACUGGUUCUAGUCAUCAAGAUGCAAGUUUCAAAGAGUCAAUGCCUGGUCAAGUACGUGCACCAGCAGUAUUCAAGUGUGUUAGAGUGACAUCAGUAGAUGAUGGAAAAGAUGAAUAUGCAUAUCAAGCUGUAGUGAAGAUUGGUGGACAUGUUUUCAAAGGCUUUCUUUAUGAUCAUGGUGUUGAGAAUAAUAACAAUAACAAAGAAGUUUAUCCUAACCUUUCUGAGCUUCAUUUAGGUGGAGGUAAUAGAAAUGGUGUUUCUUCUUCAUCACCGAUGAUGGAUCCUUCACACGAUGUUUAUGCAGCUGCUUCAAGUGCUGGUGGUGGUGGUGGUGGUUUACUAGGAGGUCAUGGUUCAGCUUAUGGUAAUCAAAUAAAUUGAAACUAUAUUGAAAUUUGAAACAUUUCUUGUCUUUUCCAAGUUCAACAAGGUAUUAAUAGAUGGACUUGGAGAUACUUGUUACAUUUGUAGUAAUCUUUUGCUUAUAUUGAGAGAAGAGGGAAGGAGGGAAAUUAAUUCAUUUUCUUCUUAUAUAGGUUUUGUACCUUAUUGCAUAUGUCACUCUUUGAUGCAUUUUUCAACUUGGUUUUUUUGAAGUUCUA